AUGACCUCAGGUGAGUGCAAGGCGCUGAAGGUCUUGUCCGAGCAGCAUGUUUCUGCUGGUGAGCAUGAAGAGGCUUUGCAGGUGCUGGGGGAGGCAGCUGUGCGCUUUCGGAAGUGCAAUGAGCAGAUUCCUUUGGCCGAAAUGCUCAUUGCUGCGGUGGCAGUACACUUGGACGUUGGGCGCUUGUCGCAAGCCCGAAAGGCCGCUGACACCGCUUUAGGCGUAUGUCGACAGUUGGGACCUUCAGGGCAGCGGCAACUGGCCUCUGGACUCUGUGCAUCAGCCAGGGCGCACCUGGCUGACCGUGACGUCCGGAGCUGGACAAUAGCAACACAAGAAGCCAAAGAGGCACAGCAACUCAGCGUAGAGCUUCAGGAUGCCCAAGGCGAAGUUGCCGCGCGGCUCCUCUUGUCUGAUGCGCUGAUGGCUGGUGGGAAGCUUCAAGAGGCCUAUGUCCAGCUGUCCACUUUGGCAAUGGAACGCCGCACGUGUUCGGACUUGGAAGGGGAGGCCAUUGCCUUGUACCAAUGCUUUCGAGCCCUCCGAGAUGCAGGAAGCACGGAAACAGCCAUUGGGACCUUGCAUCAAGCGUUGAACAUCUACUGGAGCCUGUCAGUCUGGGGCCAUGAAAUGUUUGUACGCUUUGGUUUGGACCUCAAAGACCUUCAUGACCGCUCUGAUGAUUCUGAUGAGAUCACGGCGAUGCCUGAGGCCCAAGUGCAUUUGGCGGCAGGAGAUUCAGCAGUCGACCACGCCAUGUUUAGUGCCUCCACUGAAACAGCAGCAAAGAUCUUUCACCGAGGAGACUGGGACAUUUCAUUCCGAGAUCUGCAGGGAAAAGAGAACGCGGCCGUUCAUCCGAAGAUUGCAUUUCUUGUUGAUGAUCUUGAACAGUAUGCGCAGAAGAUUGAGAUGUUGGCCGAAAUCUGGCCGAGUGACAAAUUGAAUGAGCUGGCCACUAGGCUCAUUCUCAAUUCGACUGGAGCAGCAUUUCAGAAGCUGCAACUGCAGAAAUCCGUGAUUCUGACAGGUACCAAGGACGGCAUCCAAGCCAUUGUCACGAUCUUAGGUGGACAAUGGGGAAAGGUUAACCUUGAGAGAAAGUAUGAGACGGUGGAGAAAGCCCUUUUCAGGUGCACUCAGCGUGGUGAUGAAACCAAUGAUUCAUACUUAGCAAGAACUGACAUUUACUGGACCGAACUUUUAUCGAAGAAGACCUCACUGGAGGAAAUCCAAGCGGAUGUGGUGCUCAGGGGAUCACUGUUGUCUCAAGAAGACAAGAAAAAGGUCAUUCUUGAGUCAGACGCCGCUGGAAAAGGCCUCAAGAAAUCCAAAGGCAAAGUGUAUGAUGCAACAGCUCUUUUCACCGAAGAGACCGAUGAUGCAGAAGGAACCGCUUUCACCAUGGAAGAACCGUCCGAAGAGGACAUGCUUGAGAUGCUUCUCCAAGAGGGAGAUGAAGACGCCGCCUUCAUCAGUGACUAUGAAACAGCCAUGACCGAAGCCAUCCAAGAUGACCCUGAGCUGGCAUCUGCCUUGAAUGCCUACACAGAAGCCAGAAAGAGACUUAGUGACCGUGCCAAGAACCGAGGAUUCUGGCCCCUUGGGAAUUCCAAGGGUCGUGGCAAGGGUUUCAAAGGCCGUGGAAAGGGUGCUUUCAAGGGUGCUCGAAAGAGUUUGCAGCAGAGAAUCAUGGAAAGUUCAUGCCGUAUUUGCGGCAAACGUGGCCAUUGGAAGGCUGAAUGUCCUGAUAGACCAAGAAGUUCAGGUUCGGCCGUGCCAUCCACUGCAGCCACCAUGACCACCGUGAUCGAGUCCGCUCCUGCUGAGACCAUCGAUGAGUUUUUGCCCUUGGAGUUCAUGCAACUGCCUGUAGCAUCCGAAGCCACACUUGACGACGAGCCCAAUCCGCAAGUAGCCCUUUUUGCAACCCACGGAUCUUUUGGGAUCCUUGACACCGGAGCAACCAAGUCAGUAAUUGGAAGUGCCCUCGUACCAGAGUUGCUGCGAAGCCUGCAUCCUAAGGGUCACACUCCUUUGUUGCUGUCCAAUACCUUGCUCCGAGCCUUGAAGUCUAGCAUCGAUAUUUCCUCCAGCAGCCUGCACAGCCCAGUGUUUGGAAAGCCUAUCAAAUUGCACUUGAACAGCCGUGGUUUGUUCCUUGUGGAUCUGAAUGAGCUUGUGCAAAGUGCGCUGAAACUUUCGACUGCAGCAGAGACUUUUGCCAACUGUGACAACGUCGAAGCAGCCUCCGUGAACAAACAGGACCCAAUUGACCGAAGUGGGAACGAAUGCCAGUUACCAAUAGCAAACAGGUUGGUUCAAGUAACCCUCCGAUUGCUGCAUCCGAUCCGUGUGCCAACAGCCAAAAUGAGCCUUGCCGACCGAUUCGACCGUGUCCUGGAGCGCAGCCAGACCUAUGCCCAAGGCGACAGUCUGGAGGAGUUCAAGUCCCUGAGCUUCGAAGAGAAGUGCCAACAGACAGUGACCUUUGGCAAAACCCACAUGGGCAAAACCUACUUGGACAUGUACCACAACGAGCCCAAGUGGAUGAAAUGGUUCCUGCGGACCUACGAGACAUCCCAAAAGCUGGACCAUCUGAAGCUCCGUCACUUUGUGCAGAUCAUGGUGGAGCAGGAAGAGAAGGGCGAGACGCCCCCAACGAUGACCCUGACGGAGCCAUCACUUCAGAUGCCAAUGUUUGCCAAAGCCAAGGCACGACCUCGAGAUCAAGCUUCAUCUCAUCGCCCUCACGAAGAGAUGACCCUGCACCAGGAAAUGGAGCCGGAUGCAGACGAAUGGUCCCUGGCCUCAAUGAAUCCCGAGUCCAACGAGAUGAUCACAGCACUGCAGGUAGGUGAGUUGAAGGACCCUGUAAGCCAGCUGUUGAUUCAAAAGAGCAUGACCGUGCGGACCACCUAUUCUAAGCCGAAAAAGUUCCUCAAGCCUGCAGCAAAACUGAUCGAACCGAAUGAGUUGCCUCGGAAAAGAAGAAGACUUGAGGUAAAAGGACCCGAAGAUGAUGCCAAAACACUCGUGCAGCAGAUUGUAACUAGCAUCAAGCAGCAGCUUCCACGGGUAGGCAAGCAUGAGAUCACAGACCCAAGAGUAAUUGAGAAAGUUCAAGAAGUCUUCAACGAUAAGACCGUCCAGCGAAUAGUUGCAUGCAAAGAUUUGCUGCCAGAUCAGAGUGACAGCCAAUCACCGACUCCGGAUGAGUCAAUACCUAUGCUGUCACAGAACCCUGACUCUAGAUCUCAAUCCCAGGAGUCCGAAGUUCCUGGAGAGCCAAAGAUCUUAGAUCUAGACCAAGACCCUGAUGCAGCCGACAUCCAGAGUCAGAUGCCUGGAAAUCGAUUUUUGGCACUGCCUGCUGAAGAGCGAAGCCUCCUCAUCCGAGUGCACAAAAACCUUGGACAUCCGUCGAAACAGGUUCUCAGCCAGGUCCUUCGCCAGAAGGGAUUUCCCACGACCAUGAUCCAAGCACUAGAAGAUUACCAAUGUUCCACUUGUCAGAUGCAACAGAAACCACGCAUUCCCAGACCAGCCACCCUGAAAGCAGAAAUGGAUUUUUGUGACAAAAUAUCAACCGAUGGUGUCACUUGGAUCAACAAAAAUGGUCAAUCCUUUCACUUUUACCGCUACAUAGAUCAUGGUACGAACUUCCAAACAGCCAGUGUCGCACCCAGCCGAACUGCAGAACAAGCAGUGGAAAAAUUGAUACAAAGUUGGUUCCUAUGGGCCGGAUCUCCCAAUGAAAUGAUCAUAGAUUCAGCAACAGAGUUUACGUCAGAGAUAUUCCAAAAGUUCCUUCAACAGAACAAUGUCAAAGCCACGGUGAUUCCACCUGGAGCACAUUGGCAACUUGGGAAAACAGAACGCCAUGGAGAAAUUCUCCAGGAAAUGUUAUCCAAGUUUGAGAUAGAGCACGGGAUCAACAACUACUCUGAACUUCAGAUAGCAUUGUCCAUGUGUACAGCCGCAAAGAACGCAUGCAGUUUGAGACAUGGUUUCUCUCCAGAAGUGUUGGUGUUUGGGAAGGGCCUCCGAGUUCCUGGAUCCGUAGCCAGUGAUGACCACCUCCCUUCCCAUUUGGCAGCCCUGGACGAAAAUGGACACGGCAUCCGUUUCCGAGCUCAACUGGCAAUGCGUGAAUCGGCUCGUAAGGCUUUUCACGAAGCAGAUAACAGUAUGGCCUUGAGAAGAGCAAUGCUUCGCAGUUUCUUGCAAAGCCCGGUCUCGCCCAUAUCCUGGGGCUGCAAGAAAAUUCAGAAGGCGUCCCUGCAAGGCCUCUCCGAAGUCCUGGGAAUGGUCAAGCGAUACCGGCGAAAGCAGAGGAUGGAGGCCUCUGUCCUGGAGUUGGUGGCCAAGGCCAUGUUGGCCAUGCCUCCGACGGAGAUCCAGGCGAAGAAAGGAGGUAAAGCCACCAAGGGCAAAGGCAAGGGCCCUGCCGGCCCAGCUCCCGUGAAAGGCAAAUCGAAAGGCAAAGAGGCAAGUGGAGCGAGCCCGGAGCUCAGUAGCUGUGAGCUGUGCCUCGUGACCAGCGGCCGCACUGAGAUGGUGAACUGGCAGCCCAUCCGUCAGACGAGUCGCCUCGAAGGCUCUGUUUGGCAGCAAGUUCAUGAUUCGUUGGAUGGACAGGCGGCCCAUGUUCUCCCGCAAGACCUGCUGGAGCGCUUCAUGCGGAAGAUCUCAGAAGCGCCAAAGCGAGGAAGUGAAGUCCAGAAGAAGGUGGUGACGCAAACCAAGCGGUUGCUGUCCUCCAAGCAAGCCUUGGUUGCAGACAUCCACCACGCGUUGCUAGUAAGAAAGGGCUUCCGGAAAGUGGAUGACUUGACGUGGAUCCUCGGACCAGCCAAGGGCGACGAGGAAGUCCCGGCAGAGGAGGUGUUGGAAGCACUGCAGGGGCUUCUUGGAGCUGCUGUGGGGGAGGAGCGCAGCUUGACAGCAGCAGGGCAGGCCACAAAGGACACGGUUGCCUCGGAAGUCUUCCUUCGUCAGCUGCUGGAACGAGGGCCGCUGCAGGAGUUGCAGCUACGGGUGCAGUUGAACUUGGAUAUGGCGCGCUUCAACCCGAAAGCCAAUGACUUGGAGAGUGGGUUGGACCUGGCGUUGACUGCGGCCUGGAGCAUCAUCGACUCCAAAGCGAUGCCAGUACUUUUGGAGGGCAUCCUCCUACUAGGAAACUCGGUGAAUGCUGCCUCCAAGAACUUGGGUGGAGCGGUUGGCGUCACUUUGGAAUCCCUCACAAAGUUGGCGCACACAAGAUGCUUGCCAGCGAAGCAGGCGGCCGGCACCAAGCGAAAGUCUUCCAGAGUCGAAAGCGCGCUGGAGGUUUUGACCUUGCAUUUGGAUCAGGCCAACCAGGGCUUUAUUAGCAAUCUCGUCUCUGACCUGGAUGCCUGCCAGUCUGCAAAAGACUUCGAUCAUAAGUUGAUGGCCAGCUUAGUGCAGGCGGGAUGUGGUGAGGUACCAGAUGGCUACUACUUUUGGAACACGGGGAAUCCAGCCAUUCAUCUACUGGCCUUUGUAGUCCAAAUCUUUUCUCGCAAGCUGAUGAUUCCGAAGAACGCGUCCCGGAUACUUUUAUCCACGGCAACUCAGAGUGUGAUCUACAAUGGAGGCGUUGUGGCCAAGUGGUGCCCUGUGGCUCUGCAUUUGGCCAAGCUUUUACAGGCUGAGAUCCUGUUGCUCUCAGCCCUGCCAGUCAUCUCAGACGACACGCCUCCCCACAUUUUGCAGCGCCUUUUGACGGAGUCAAGGCAGAUCGAGGCGGACGGGCAACGCAACGCAUGGUUGGAGCAGCAUCGCUGGACCUACGGUGUCCUUGGGGAGGAGCUGGUGGCCGAGGGGCGCAACCGCUUACAUCGCUUCCGGGGCUAUGUUCGAAGACCGGGAACUUGGGAAAACCCAACUUGGAAGCAGGAUCUGGAUGUGCAACUCGCCCAUUCUUUUCACGUUAGCCUCAAAGAGUGUCCCAUAUCGGGCAACUUCUCGAUUGGAGACAUCAUGGCUGGUGAGCGUCAAGAGUUGAUGGCUGCAAGCCCUUCGUUGUGGGAGCAGGCCAUGUUGUUGGUGCACGUGAUCUUCGAACAGUUGCAACAGCAGCUGGGGCAACCGCCACGCUACGUCCUGACGGGCGGAACCUUAUUGGCCCUGCUUCGUCACGGGACCGGAGCACGAGAGAUCGAUGGGGUCCUGGACUUUACUGGUGGGCUACAAUCGUGGCGCUUGAGCAGCUUUUGGUGUCCAAUGGCUGGCAGGGCUGUGCACUUUCAGCGCGGGAUUCGGGAGACAUGGCAACUGAAUUUGAAUUGGAGAUGCUUCAGAUGCAAACCGGGGUUCCAGUCUCCAGUCGGGGUGUCAUGGAGUUGGUUUGCGCUCUAUUCGGCAGCGAUUCGGUGA